CGAGUCGCACAAACGCUGGAGAGGAGAAAGGAGAAAGCGAAGGGGAGAGAUGUUGAGGACGAAGCUCGCGUCUCUCGUCCUAGCGAAGAGCUCUUCGUCUCCGACCCCUCUAGGGUUUUUCGAGCUCCACCAAUCCCUUCGUUACUUUUCCUCUACCUCGGAGCAAGCCAGAGUAAGCAGCAACCGGACGCGAUAUUUGGGUCGGAGGGUGCUCCAGAUCGGGCUUAUUAGCCUCGCCGGAGGGUUUGCCCUAAGCGCCAUUAAUGACCUCGCCAUCUUUCAUGGAUGUAGCAGUAAGGCAAUUGAAAAGGCUAGUCAAAAUCAAAAAAUCGUAGAGGCUAUUGGGGUGCCGAUUGCUAGAGGACCAUGGUAUGAUGCAUCUCUUGCAGUCGCCCAUCGAAGGAAAUCAGUCUCUUGCACAUUUCCAGUUUCUGGUCCACAAGGAUCUGGCAUUUUUCAAUUGAAGGCCAUUCGAAGUGGAGAGGAUGGAUUAUUUUCAUUUCUGCGGCACCAUGACUGGGAGAUACUAAUUAUGGAGGCUCUCCUUCACGUCCCCUCAAAUGACGAGAAACAACACUCUACGAGUAAGUCUCACGGGCGAUCCCCCUACUCUCACCGCUCCACUCAACUGCGAUGCCUGCCUACAUCAAGAAUCGGAAUUUCCGGAAAAAUGAAGUUCUCUUCAUUUUUUGUUGGAUGCUUACUGCGACGGUUACCAGGGGCGUGAUCUUUCCUUUUCUCCAGCUGGCUGGUCAAUGGACAAGAGAGUCGCUGUGUUUGUGGAAGAGUUGUCUGUGUAAAUUUAGAUCCCCCGGCUGGAAGAGCACCUCUUAUUGAAGCGGCGUGGUUAAAUGUAAUGUCGAAGAUGAACGAAUGCUAUUUCAAUUAGUGGUGGCGUUACCCCCCACAUCCGAUUUCAAAUCACUAUUCACCCAGUGAAUUUGACAGAUGCUCAUUUAAUAUCAAUGUGUUUCAUGUUCAUUGUAUUUUUUUUUUUUCAUUUUUUUAAUUAUACGGUUGGCGCUUGCUAAUAAUAUAUUAGGACACGACUGUAAGUUCUUGCUUUUGUGACCUGAAUUUAUUGAUGGAAAGUACGAAAUGCCGGUAUGUCUGCAUUCGAUUGUU